AUGGUCGGAAAAUAUAAUUCUAAUAACACAAAUUACAAUCCCAAUAAUACAUACAAUGGUACUAAUAUUUACUACUAUACCAAUCCCCCUACUAAUAAUAAAAACCAUACUCACAGUUAUCCUACAACAUUUGAUCGUUCUCCUAGCAGACAAACCUUUUUUCAACCAUCUCUACAGUACUAUCAACAACAACAACAACAACUAAAGAAUUCGCCCACUCCUAAAACUCCCUUUGAUCCAACGUAUGGAAUAAGUUUAAUACCUUCACAUUUAUUGAUAAAUUCACCGUAUAUUAAUAAUAAUUCCAACGCAAACAAUAAUAACAAUAGUUCUAUCAGCUUAACAAAGGGAUAUCCUACUGUUUUUCAAAACAAUACCAAUUAUUCCCCUGUUCAUGUCCACCAUAGAUUUACUAAUAGUAAUCUUUCAUUGGUCUCCGUUUCAUCAAGAAUUAAUCCUGAAAUAAAUAAUGUUACCGGCAGUUCAAUAAAAUUAAGUGAUCCACCAAAAAAGCGCAACAAAAAUAUCAAGUGUUCUGAUAAAAAAGUUAUUAAUAAAAAUAACUCAAUUAUAAAUAUUGAUAUUGAUGACAUUUCAAGUUAUGUUGUUAAAUACAAAAUUAUGAAAAAUCAAACUUUUAACAUUAAAAAAAAGAAGAAAUUAAAAAAGAAAAGCCUUUCAGCUCAUAAAAAAAAUGACGUUACUGCUAGUAAUAACAAAAAAUAUGGACAGGAAGAAGAUCUAUGUACUGCUAAUAACCAUCAUAAUCGUGACGCUGAUGCGUAUGAGUUUAUUAGUAGCAGUUUACUAUUCAUAAAUAUUUCCCCUGAAAUAGAAUUAAAUGAUUUUGUAAGGUUAGGUUUAAAAUCCAAUUCAAAUGUUAUUAAGAUAUUUAAAGCCACUUCCACUGACAGUAUUCAUGGUACUAAUAACAUGAUUGUCAGUUUCCCCAAUAAAGAUUUAUGUUCUAAUUUCUACAACUUUUUAUUACAGAGAUUGGCAGAUUUUAAAAAAAGUAUUAAAUCAUCUUCUUUAGAUGUGAAGUACGUCAAGUUGGAGGAAUACAUAAAUAACAAAAAAUUUACUUUGCCCAAAAAUUUGGUACUUUCAGACCUAAAAACUUCUAGAUUUUUGUUAAUUAAGCUCUCAUUUGAUGAUAGCCAUAAUCAAAAAGGGGAGGAAGAAAAGAACACAGAUUCUGAUAGUCAUAGCUUUGACAUAGAGCGUGUUAAAAAUUGUUUGGAAUCUCAAUUUUUAUCCCAAAAUUUGAUUUAUACGCAAGUCGAUAUUUUCAAUACCAAUCAUGUCUAUAACAAACUUAUUGGUAAAACAUACAUAGUGGUACAUUUUAUUAGUGAUUUAAUGGCCAUAAAGGCUCUAAAGAUUCUGAAAAAAAAUUCAACAAAUGUUGCUGGUAAAAUCAAUUUUGGAAAAGCCUUUUUGUGUACUUUUGAUUUAACACUGCAUCAUCAGCCGCCAACUCCUCGUCUGGAAAACAUGUCUACUUUUUCAUCUAACAACAACGGUGUUACUACUCCUACGAGAACUGGUUUCUCCGCAUCAGUAUAUACUAGUAGGUCAUCGUCCGUGUAUUCAGAAACACAUUCAACCGUUUCCUUAGCUCCAGUAACUUCUACGUCCUCGACCAUUUCAUCCUCGUCCCCUCCUACUUCUGCUCCUACUUCUGCUUCUUCUUCAUCGUCAGAAUCAUGUAUUCCAUAUAACACCUCGUUGAUAUCAUUAUCCGAGACUGACACCGAUACACCAGAAGCAGCAGCAGCAGCAGCAGCAAGUGAUAAGGAUAAAACUGACACUGCCUCCAGUUCUUCUGCUACUUAUGAUGGUAUUGUUUCAGUUUAUCCACAACCGUCUUUACAAAAUAUAGUUUUUAACUGUUUUAAUGAUCAUUAUGCCACAUUAACUUUGUUGGAAUUAUCCGAUAUCAACUGCAAAGCUUAUAUAUUCAAUAAUGGAGUUUCAAGGGAAUCAAUUUCCGAUAGGGCCAUUCCGUCCAUUUUAUCAUCCUCUCCAUCUUCUUCCACCGAUCAAUAUGAUAGUCGCAGUCACGAUGACGUUAAUGUUGAUAUGGUGGGUAUAAAGAAUUCUAGUUUCAUCUCUUCGAUUGAUCAGUCAAAUUUGAUUAUUGAUGCAGAUUCGUCCUCCUCUUCUUCUUCUUCUGCUGAACUUUCGUCUACAACUGGAUCGCCACUAUAUCAUCAAUUACGUAAUUUAUCCGACGCUAAUUGCGAUAAUGGCCAGUGCCACGGUAUUCGUGCCGAUGAUGUUUCUUUAGGUUCAAUUUCAACAAACGUUUCAGUAUUAUCUUUACCACAAAUACAAUAUUUGAAUCGUCAACACCAAUCAAAACAAGUAGGAUCGGUUUUGAGAACCCCGCCACAAUCUAUAGCAAAUAUAAUCGGCGUAAAUGAUAGUAUAACGGCGUUUUCCUCACCAGCUCCUGGGAUAUUGCAUAAUAUAGCAACUGCUUCUCCAAAACCGCAAUAUUUAGACACAUUCCAUACAACAACUACUGUUCCCUCUUCUUUUAUUACAAAUAUGAAUGCUAAUAGAACUAUAUAUAUAGGUAACAUUCAUCCUAAGAGCAGGCCAGAAGACAUUUGUAAUGUUGUUAGAGGGGGUAUUUUGGAAAGCAUUAAGUUUAUCAGAGAAAAAAACAUUUGUUUUAUUAGGUUUAUAGAUCCAAAAGCUGCGUUAGAAUUUUAUACCACUGCUACAUUAGAUUCAAUUAUAUUGCAUGGUAAUAUUUUGAAGAUUGGGUGGGGUCAAAAUUCGCAUCCAUUAUCUCAGAAAAUAGCCUUAGCUGUUACUGUGGGAGCAAGUAGAAAUAUCUAUGUGAGUUUGCCGGAUAUUGCAUUUAAAGACAAAUAUAUACAUGAUCCUGCAUAUAAGAGUUAUCAAAAAAAAUUUUUUUUGCCAGCGCAGGACCAAUUAAGAGCUGAUUUUGUUGGCGUAUAUGGAGGUGUUGAGCAGAUUAACUACUUAUUUGAUGGGCAUUGCUGUUGGGUGAAUUUUAUAAACAUUUGCAGUGCUAUUAGAUUGAUUGAAGAUAUGGAAAAUGAUCCAGUCAAAUUUCAUGCUCAAUUUGCUAAUAGGUACCAAGGCUUAAUUAUAAGAUAUGGCAAAGAUAGGUGUGGAAAUGUUAACAGGAAUGGUAGGUUCAAUCCUGAACGCAAUUACAAGAAUACCAAAAAAAUAGUUGAACCUGGCAGCAAUGUUAUGGCUAGCAGUGAUGACAAUACUGAUUUUCCUGCGGAUGAUACUUUUACAAAUGGUGUUGAUAAGGGGGGGGAUGAUGAGGGUAGAGCAUUAGGUCUAUGUAUUACUAGCGAUUCUGAUAUGGUCAGUAGUUCCGCUAUUAAGCUGGAUAUUGAUGUUAAUAGUGUAGAUACUGAACAUGAUAAUAACAACACAUCAGUAAAUGAUUGUUUGGUCACAGAUAUAUCACCACCCUCAACACCAUUACGUUCUGUCACUUGCGAUAUCAAUGCUAGCAAUGAUAAAGGCUGUGAUAAUGCUGUAAAAGCUGUUCAAUUAGAGUCAUAUCAAGAUAAAGAUGCUGACGAAGAAGAUGGUUCGUGCAGCGAUGAUGAUACUAAUGGUGCUGAUAUUGUUAUUAAUUGCAAAGAGGGGGCUUAUGAUAAUGGCAAGACCAUUCAGAAUUUUAAUAAGAGAAUUAUGGAACAAAGAGCUGUGUAUUCUCAGUCUACGAACAAUAAUAUUCAAUAUUAUAACAAUAAGCAAAACUCUUUGAAUAUGCAAGGAGCCCGACAAAAAAGAUUAAUUCAAUCGUCUAAUAUUGCAGGGUCACGUGUAAUGGCACAAUAUUUAUCACAUAUUCAAUGUUCUAAUAACGUUUAUACACCAGCCGCUUUAACUGUUGAUGCUAAUAUUAAAUAUACUUUAGAUUAUAAUAGCAGCACCCCUAAUAAUAAGGGUCAUCAUUAA